AACAAGUUAUUUUUGUCAUCACUGUUUCUCUACACCAGUUUAGUCGAAAAAAAAAAAAAAAAUUAUCGCCAAACAUGAUUUCCAUCUGUUUCUUCGUAUUAACAUUGGUAUCUGUUUUUGCAGCACCACCAAGAACUCAGAUAGUAGAGGGAGAUCCAGCGUUGUUCUGUGAAAUGCCAUCACUUGUAUUCCUGAAAAUCUACAGAACCUAUAUGAUGGGUUAUAGAAUGUGUGGUGGAACACUAAUCAGUCCGUCCUACGUCAUCACAGCUGCUCACUGUUUUGAAGGCCUCAUCGAUCGUGUGGAAGUAAAUCUUGGCUCACUGAAUAAACAUGAAACUGUUCAAAAUGUUACAUCAACAACGAUUUUUCGCCAUGAAAAUUAUACGAGAUCAAAAUAUUUAAUUGAAAAUGAUAUUGGCCUUUUAAGACUUGAAAAGCCUUUGGAAAAUGUAGAGUGUGUUUUUCCAGUUGACAUGGCUGCCGAAUCUGACGUCUUUGACAAUAAAACCUGUAUCAUUGCUGGAUGGGGAAGAACUGGCCUCCAAGAAUCCAGUUCCGAUGUUCUUCUCAAAGCCGCUGUUCCUGUUGUUCCAAUUGAUGAAUGUAGAAAUCAAUCGUCCCUGAUUAUUUCAAAUGGGUUUAUUUGUGCUGGUGAUUAUAUUCCAGGUGGAGCCAGUAUAUGCAAAGGAGAUUCCGGCGGUCCUUUGAUUUGUCCUCAUGAAAACAAUAUGGUUCUUGCGGGAGUGAUAUCACAUGGCUUAGACUGCCACAAAGAGGCCAGUCUCUUCACUAGUAUUGCUUACUAUAGAGAAUGGAUUGAUAAUAUUAUGAACUCAGUGGAACAAUAACAUCAUGGUUACUACUACUACUACUACUACUACUACUACUACUACUACUACUACUACCACCACCACCACCACCACUACUACUACUACUACUACUACUACUACUACUACUACUACUACUACUACUACUACUACUACUACUUACAACAAGACAAAGGAUAGAAGAUACCUUAAAUGUAUCCAUAUUGUUUGAAAAGAUCAAUAAUAAAUAAUUCCUAUAUAUAUAUA